AUGUCCUUUCUUGCAGUCCUCUCUCGGUCGUCCGUCCGGCGAGCGUUCUCUCCAUUUCUUGCGCGCAGCUAUGCUGCAAAGGGCCCUACUACAGAACGGAAACCGAAUAUAGGUGCAAAGGACACGUCUACUGCUGAAGAAAAGACACUUUCAUCGUGUCCUCCAGGUACAGUCCUGGAAGGAUUGAACUAUCUGAAAGGACAACCCCCUGUGAUAGCACUGCCCGACGAAGAGUAUCCUCCGUGGCUAUGGGACCUUCUGAAGCCGAAAGUAUAUGAAGAUGACGGGCCUGGAGGCAAAGCAGAGAAGAAACGGCUCAGAAAAGAGAAUCAACAACGUAUCAAGGACCAGAACUUCAUGAAGACGCAGUAG